AUGAAGGCAUUUUUGGUUCUGGCCUUCCUAGGAUGGGCAGCUGCAGUUUCCCCACCAGCUCAGGUUCAACCAACUCCACCAAGUACACCAACAACAUCAUCCUCACCAACUACACCAGCGCCACCUCGAUCAAAACGUCACCAUGGUUAUUUUUCAUCAUCGCAUAACAGCGGCCUUCCUCAAACUUACUCUUACAAUUCAGGACCUCAAGUUUCUUACUACUACUAUAAAUCUCUUCCAAAAACCUACUAUUCGACUUCUUCUUACAAUUCAUUGCCCCAAAAAUCUUACUCAGUAUCCUACAAUUCAGUACCACAAACUUUGAACGGUGGCAUCCAGUCCUAUGGAGGCCUUUCUUAUGGUAGCGGUCUCCAAUCUUAUGGAAGUGGUCUUCAAUCAUAUGGUAGCGGCGUCCAAUCUUACGGUAGUGGAAACUCAUACGGUAGCGGUAUUCAAUCUGUAGGAGCUGGACUUGAAUCUUAUGGAUCUGGUCAAUCGUAUGGUUCUGGACAAUCUUUUGGUGCUGGUCAAUCAUACGGAUCUGGACAAUCAUACGGCCUUGGUCAAUCGUACGGCUCUGGACAAGCAUACGGCCUUGGUCAAUCUUACGGUGCAGGACAAUCGUACGGCUCCGGCCAAUCAUACGGCCUUGGUCAAUCUUACGGUGCAGGACAAUCAUAUGGUCUUGGUCAAACUUACACAACUGGAGCAGUUACAGGAAAAGUAGUAUCCAGUGAAGAAGUAUCCAGACACACCAUCCACAAUGUGAUUAACAAAGUACCAGUAGCCGUACCCCAACCCUACCCAGUACAAGUUACUAAAACUGUUCAAGUCCCACAGCCUUACCCAGUACAUGUUAAUAAGCCAGUUCCAGUAAAAGUAAGAGUAAAUGUUCCAUUUCCAGUUGAGAAACCAUAUCCAGUACAUGUGCCACAUUUAGUACCUUAUCAAGUUAGAGUUAAAGUACCAUAUGCUGUAGAGAAACCAUACCCAGUUACUAUUACUAGGACUGUACCAGUAACUGUAGAAAAACCUGUUUAUGUUAAAGUACCAGAGGUUGUAAAGGUACCCGUUCCCCAACCUUACCCUGUCGCUGUCCACAAAAAGGUAUCUGUAACUGUACCAGAACCCGUAGUUGUCAAAGUACCAGAAAUUGUCAACGUUAAACAUCACAUUCAUCAUCAACAACAACAACAACAAGUAGUAGCUCCAGUCCAAGUUCAGCAAUAUCAUUAUACUCAACAAGUUCCAGUUCAGGUACAACACGUUCAACACCAUGUUCAAGAAGUAGUAGGACCUGCAGUGUCCUCAGUAUCUGCCCAUGAACAAGGAUUUUCAUCAGGAGGGCUAGUUUCUUCAGGACAAUCUUUUGGUCAAGAAGGUUUCUCUUCCUCUGGUUUAGCAACUGGUGGACUCGAAUCUAGUAAUGUUUAUGGUGGACAACAAGGAUUUACUACUGAAGUACAAACUGGUGGACUACAAUCUGGUGUAGUAUCUGGUCAAGAAGGCUUCUAUUCAUCAGGAAAUUCUGGACUUUCUUCCGGUGGACUACAAACUAGUGUAGUAUCCAGUCAAGAAGGUUUCUCAUCUGCAGGACAAGGAGUACAAUCUGGUGGUGAUUUUGUUUCUUCUGGAAACUCAGGCUUCUCAUCAUCAGAUUUCUCAACAUCAGGUUUAAGUUCUGGUCUUCAAUCUGCUGAGUAUGGUGUCAACUCAAAUCAACAAAUUUCUGGAGGCGCUCAAGCUCUUAUUUGUCCAUUUGAUCACGAUAAUAAUGUACACUCCCACACAGGAUAUGGUAGUCACAAUGUUUUCGCCAGAGAAACAGAGAAGUCAGAAAACAAAAAAAAGAAUGUAAAGUAAAAAUGUUAUGUUGAUAUUCGAC